GGCUCCGUGCACGACUCUACUUCCGUUCUACUUCCGCACCUCGACUGUGUGGGUGAGCACUUCCGGCAAGAUGGCGAUGUUUUACACCAGAUGUCUCCAAGACCUGCCAAAAAUUACUAUAUCAGACGUCCACAGACUCGUCCGAAAUGGAUGCUCUGCCCCCCGGAGUAAACGGGAAAAGGGGUACAAGAUGUACCUUUCAAGUUUUAUUGACAACUAUGAAGAUUACUUUUGAGGACAGCUCACCGAUUCAAAUAGCGGUGGCUGAGUGCUCCUGUGUGGCUGGAACCGCUCUCUGCAACCACAGUGUUGCACUACUGUAUCAGACCACAAAAUACUCUACGCUACAACUAAAAGCAGUACCACCUGUCCUCAGCUGCACAGAAACUGAGCAGCGAUGGCAUAAACCACGAAGAUUGGGUGUGAAACCAGGCAGAGUGGGUAACAUGGUAUUCAUCUCAACCAAACCCAAGUCAAGACAGUACACAGCUGCUGAUGGUGUAAGGAGCAAGCGCUACAAAGCAGUGCGGGGUGACUUGCCAGACCCAGAUUCCCUGAAGGUUGACGAGGCAUACCAGGACUUCGCGGCAGAACUUGCUCCGCUAAUCACUACACUCUCGAUAAGCAGUGAUGUCCCUCUUGUUGAUUCAACCUUUGGGACCGUUCAAGAAGGGAGCCCCAUUUCAUAUCAGCACCCAUUGCCAGUGAGUAGGGUAAUCAUCCACCACCCAGACGCACCCCCUCCACCACCCCUGCCGUUAGAUGGUCACAGGCUGGACCCAACCACAUGUUCCUUUGUGUGCACUCACCAACAACACCUUAAUGUAAUGUCCCUUAACAUUACUUUUGACAUGGCAAGAUCCAUCGAGAUGGCUACGAGAGAACAGAGUGGCAGCGCAGAGUGGCACAGCCUGAGGAAGAUGAGGAUCACUUCAUCCAGGUUCCGUGAGGUGUGCCAUGUCCGAGGUCACAGCUCUGCAGAGAACCUUGCAGAACGCAUCCGCAAAGGUGGGGUUCAGACAGCCUUGAUGAAGAGGGGGCUGGCACUGGAGCCAGAAGCUAUUCAGCAAUAUGCCCGCAUUAAAAACGUCAACUACUGGCCAUCAGGAUUUGUCAUCCAUCCAGAUGCUCCCUGGCUCGGAUCCUCUCCAGAUGGUGUCGUUUUUGAUCGAACGGAGGCACCACCGUUCGGGCUGGUGGAGGUGAAAUGCCCCAACUUGAAGAGCUAUGUUGACUCUGGUUGCCUGCACAUGCAGAGUGGCGCCUUGCGUCUGAAGCCAAGCCACAGCUACUAUUGGCAGGUGCAAGGCCAACUGCUUAUCACUGGAAUGCAGUGGUGUGAUUUUGUGGUUUUUGCAGAGGAGGACCUUUUUGUACAAAGAAUUUAUACAGAUGCAGAGGUUGCUAGGGUUAUAAGGGAGAGGGGGGAUUUUUUCUUUUUCUAUCAUUACCUGAUCUGAUCUUUAAAACAUUAAUGGUUCAGCCUGGUGUAAAAGUUUUGUGAUUAGCUGUAAAACAAUUAAUCACAUCCAAAAUAAAAGUUUGUAUUUACAUAAUAAAUGUGUGUGUGUAAUGUGUAUAAUUAUUUUAUCUAUAAAACACACACAUAUGCUUGCAUAUUAUUUGCAAUAACUAUAUUAUUAUCAGCAGCAUGUGCAUAUUACUGCAUUUAUAUGUAAUUUAUAUUAUAUAUUUUAUAUGUAAAUACAUUUCUCUUAAAUGUAUACAUGCACGUAUGUGCAUUUAAAAACAAAGUAAUUAUACACAGUACACACACAUUUAUUAUGUAAAUACAAACUUUUAUUUUGGAUGUAAUUAAUCGUUUUGCGUCCCUAAUUGUUAAUAUUAGAUCGUUGUAUAAGUGUU